GCAGUUUCUUUGGUUGCAUGCUGGAGAUAGCACGUGUGUGUGUGUGUGUGUGCAAGAGUGUGGGGAGAGUGUGUGAGUGUGAGAGACAGAGCCCCUGCACUCUUUUUUUCCCCUUCCAUCUCAACCUUCUGCUUCUGCUCUGUCUCUCCACCUCCAAUCUUGCUGCACGAGAUCUAAGAGGACGGAGGUGUGCGUUGUGUUUUUGAAGGGAAGAGGAGGGGGAGUGGGGGUGGUCAGGAUGAUGACGAGAUGAAAGGGGCCAGGUGAGGAGGAGACACAGGAGUGCCCCUUUCCUCUUCCCCCCUUCUCCUUCUCUCUCUCUCUUGCGCUCGCUUCCUCUCUCUCUCUCUGUGACGUGGUGUGUGUGCGUGUUUGCUGUGUGUGUGUGUGAGAGAGAGAGUGAAACAGGUCGGCUAUGCUUCAGCAGACUGGACUGUGAACCUGCACAGGAGGAAGCAGCCCUUUCCAGAUUGAGGUAUGUCACUGAAUUGUCAUCACACGCAUUUCCAGAAUACCUGCGCCACGUGGGGAGAUUUGUGAUUGAGUGAAAGACGGGAUGCUGAAGGCGGUAGAAACUGACUCAAGGGGCAGCGUAUUCUCUCAUCAAAUCACACAUUACGUUAACGUAUCCACAUUAAAGGACAAGGACGUGUGAGGAUAGAUGUCUGGUCUCAUUUAAAACCCUGUUUUUCGCUUGCAUGUUCCUGCUGAGAAGUGAAAGUGCUUUGUAAUGAAAAAGGACACUUGAACAACAGGCUUGUUUUCUGCUCACGGUAAACACAGUGUCAUGUGCAUAUGAUAGGGUCAUAUGGUUUUCAGUCAGCAGUUAGAGAGAUUUCGCACAACCUUAGGCUGAAGCUUUGUAUGAAUUUUGUGCAGCUCUUAAAGCAACAUAAACUGGGCAAGUGUGAGUUGAACGUCGCACAACAGCUUGUGCUGGUUUAGAGUCCUCGAAUCUUUCUCCAGUUUUUGCCAGUAAAACUUUCAUAAAGAUUAAAGAUCCUUUGAGAGUUUAUUCCACUUCACUUUGGAGAGUUACACUGAUGAUAAAUGUUUCCAUAAAGCAAUCAGGGCUGAUUAGACUAAGACCCUCCAGAAGACUGCUCCACGCUUGUCUCUGCAUCACAGAUGAGCUGCUUUUUAAAAAAAAAUUCAGCUGAAGGUGACUCUUUCCCUUUGACCGAUUCAGCAAAGGCCACCUACUUAUGCUUCUGUGUCUGACUGGUGGCUGUUGUGCUCGAUGUGCAUACGUGGGCAGGAAAAGAAGAGGUGCUUUGCAGGGAUGUCACACUUGUGAAAUGGAAAACUUGCACCUGCAGCUGUGCAGCAUAUGGAAAUGUACCGAAGGCUUUGUGCUCGUUCCACGGCUUUUAUAGCGCGUGGGGUUCAGCGCAGGUGAGGUUGCGACAGUAAACAGUGCAGGAUCUACUCCAGUAGCAAACACUAAUACGGACAGCUGAAGGUGCUCUUCUUUACUUCACAUCCCUUUUAGGCAAUUUUAAAAUGCAUACUUUUUCACUCAGAAACACAUUUAAUACAUUACUGUUAAAAUACAGCGUAGAUAAUUAAGAAACUGUUCAGAAGUCCUAUCAGAACUUUUUUAUAAAAAGAAAGUAAAACAAACACUUUGUUUUACAUGUCAGGAUUGCACUCGAUGAUCUUUUCGACCCAGCGGUGAUCUAUCUUUUGUGGUGUUGUUAGAAAGAGGACGUCUUCCUUAAGAGUUCUGUUACGCCCGUGUUUGAUCAUCUGCUGAGCUUUGGGCCAAGGUCUAUGGAGGUGAGGACCUGUAGGGUUCAAGCUGCCAUGACAGAAACCACUGCCUGAGCUUCUCAGCGAUACUCUACGAAAGGGGAGGAUGGGUGAUGGGCCCGUGAAAUUCAGCGGACUGUCUCCUCUUUAUCCCAUCCUCUCAUGGAGCGUCCUGUCACACCAAGCCCCUCCUGGAACACUUCUUUCUCCCUGUUUCCACCCUCACUGCAGCCAAACAUCUCUAAUGUCACCUCACCCACGACGAGCAUCCCAGGUGGGAUAGAUUUGAAUCGCUCCUUGGCACUGUGUGCUAUGCUCAUUAUGAACAUGCUUGCAGUGGUGGGCAACUUGGCUGUGAUCAUUGUCAUCACCAAAACGCCGCAGCUGCGUAAGUUUGCCUUCGUGUUCCACCUCUGUCUGGUGGAUCUGGUGGCAGCGCUGGUGUUGAUGCCUCUGGGGAUGCUGUCAGAUCAAAUCCUGGUGGACGAAGCACUGUGUCGGAGCUACCUCUGCUUGAGUGUAUGUCUAGUGAGCGCUGUCAUCCUCACCAUAUGUGCGAUCAAUGUGGAGCGCUAUUACUACAUUGUCCACCCCAUGCGUCACGAGGUAAAGAUGACAGUGGGGGUGGUGGUGAUGGUACUAAUAGGAAUCUGGAUUAAAGCUGUUGUCAUGUCAGUACUUCCACUCCUGGGCCGGCUGCUCCAGGGAAACCAGGGUCUGGGGGCUUCUUCACUCCUCGUUCCCACUCAGAGUCACUGCUCCCUCCACUGGACAGGUGGCGGGAUCACACGCCUGGUCUUCAUGGUUUUCUUUACAGUCAUCUAUUUUCUGUGCCCUAUGCUGAUCAUACUGGUGGUCUACUGCAACAUGUUUAAGGUGGCACGAGUAGCAGCCAUGCAGCACGGCCCCCUCCCCACUUGGAUGGACACUCCAAGACAACGAUCCGAGUCUGUGAGCAGCCAUUCAACCAUGGCGGCCAGCCUCGGAGGAACUGGUUCCCGCACCACCCCUCAAAGGACCUUCAGUGGGGGGAAGGCUGCAGUGGUUCUGGUGGCGGUGGGAGGCCAGUUCUUCUGCUGCUGGCUGCCAUAUUUUUCGUUCCACCUUUAUUCGGCUGUAGUGUCUACCUCCCCUGCUUCAUUAGCCCAGCUGGAGGAUGUGGUGACAUGGAUUGGCUACUUCUGCUUCACAUCCAACCCCUUCUUCUACGGUUGCCUGAACCGUCAGAUCCGCGAGGAGCUGAGCCGCCACUUGGCUUGCCUUUUCAAGCGCGCUGGGCCCAGAGAAGGAGAGCAGCUGCCCAGCCGAGAGGCCUCUAUUGAGGAAAACUUUUUGCAGUUCCUUCAGGGCACUGGAUGCAAUCUGGAGCCCUGCAACUCUCACAGCAGAGCCAGCCUAGAGUUGCCAGAGACUGAGGAUCUUCAGGAAUCAGCUGUUCAGCAGCAUAUGCCAGCUGACUUCCACAUCCCAGGGCAGAUCCUUGAGGAAACCUCAGAGUUCAUACAGCAGCAACAGCUGAACAAUGAGCUCCAUGUAUCAGAGAACUGCUUCAAAACUGUACCAGAGCUGUAGCCGACUCAUGUACUCACUCUUCUGCCAUACAAUAAGCCAAUAAAUAUAUUUAGUUUUCUUCAUAUUUUUUACAAUUUGUUGAAUUAAUACAUCUCUAGCUGAUGCUACAAAGUGCUUUAAAGCAAAGUGAACUGUAAACACGGUAUCUUCUUGGAAGAAUUUAAGUUAUGUAGCUUUUUUAGUGAAAGACAGACUUCAAUAUAUCUUGUGCUUCAUUUUACUUUUAGCCCAACAGUCAGAUGCACUGUAGCAUCACAUGCUUUAAGAGCCAUACGGUGUGAGGCCGCUUCUGUGUCACAUCAGUGGACAAACACCGAGCCCUUGUUGUGCUUAUCAUAGUCCAGUGAAGUGACAAAUGUCACAUAAACAUAAGAAGUGUGGAAACUUUGUCAAAGCAAUGUUCAUAGUUGUCAGUGUUUUUAUUACGCACUGUUAGAGCCAUUCAAAAGAACUUUUCGCAGAGUGUUUAGUUUUGAUAUGCAUUCAUUUAAAUGUGGAUUCCCCGCUGAAUAUGCAAAGACAAUGCACCAUACAAAGUUCAUCAUAUCAGCCCCUCUGCCCUGCCAUCUGCAUUUUCGCCCUCCUGGUUAUUGUUUAAAAUGAAUUCACCAAGAGAUGAAAAUUUUCUCUCAUCAUUGUGUAUUCAGAGCAAUCAGUUCAAGGUUUUACUGCUGGGUCUCUAAACCAAACAGACACUUUAUAACCAAUUUAACCAACAAACACUUUCAUCAUUAAAAGACAGCGCACCGCCCCGGGCACUCGUACGUGCACCGACAAAGUGUUUGCAGAACAGCCCGUUUGUUUAAGUAAAAGAUUCUUAGUUCCUGUAGCUGUCACUGCCAGUUUGUUUAGUGAGUAAAGAAUCUGUUUUUAUCAUGUAUUUAUUCCACUUGCACAUCUCAUUACACCAAGGAAUUAAUGCAAAAAUGUUCCUCCAUAUAGAGUUUAAAAUAUUCAUCGCGCUGAACAGGGAUCAUUUCACAGCUGUUACUGCUGCUGGUAUUUAUAAUAAACAGGCUGACAGAGUAUUUUUAACCAUUUUCCAGGAACGUUAUUAUCGUGUUUAUCUGUUCUUAGUCUUGUGAUUAUCACCUCCUCACCAAAAUCAUCUCACAUUGGCAGACUCGUGAUUGCAACCCCUCCUCCUCCUCCCCAGCCCCCCCACUCAAAGAAUUGCUUUAAUUGUUUCGAUAGAGGUGGCGUUAAGGAUUUAGGCUGUAAAGAAGGAAAAACAAAAAACUGACUACAGCAUUAAAACAGCUGAAAUACGGCUCGGGAUGAACAGAUUCGCACACCAGUACUAAUUACCCUGUAAUGUCUGCACUGUUUACAGGUAAACACAAGGAGCUGUGUGAGUGCUCUCGUGUUUGUGCAAUAAACAACCAGGGCUUGUUGUGGCUACAUAGAGCACAGAGGUGUGGCAAUGCUUACACAUGGAAAGCUUUGCCUUUGGCCUCAUUCAAACGACAGAUGGAAGACACUGGCGAUACUUUUUCUGAUCUCAGGUGGAAUACAAACUGUUUGCACAAGUCACACGAGAAGUGACAAACGUUCCAAAGACAAAUUAGAAGGCACAAGUCUCUUGCUAAACACUUUCUUUCUUUCUUUUUCUUUUUUAAAUACUUCCUAUCUAUUGCUGCCUUCAUCUAUUCUGGACUGCCUCAUACCGGACGGACGGCAAUGAUCACAAGACACUAAACACAAGGCGCGCAGGAGAAGGUUCAUAGCUUGCUGGGAGUCAGAACAAAAAAAGGUCUCUUUGUCAGGGAAAGGCAUAAUGUUCUUUAACUAUCUUGCGAUAUGACUGUGCUGCAUGUUGUUUUUCAGGCAGGGUUGCCCCAUCAGCUUCUCUUAAAAAGAGCCCUACCUUAAACUUAGCAGCGACGAGCGAGUGACAUACAAUCACUGGCAUGAUGCUCAGAUUUCUUCUGUGUUUAUUUAUUUUUUAAUAAUUUAUUAACAGCUGAUCGACUGCUAAAACCUUCCAAAUGCAAAACUAUUACACAAUUUAUUUAUUUAAAAAAAAUAAUUUAAAACUGACUCGAUUUAUUUCACUUGCACUGCUGAACGGGGGUUUAAUCUCUUUGGAUUGUCUCUGUUUUUUUUCUGUGGAGUAUUACUUUAUUAUUUUUAUGAUACAAUGCUGUAAUAACUUCAGUGAUAUUUCCCACAGUCUGGGGUCAUUACAAAACCCCUUAUACCGAGAGAACAUCAAUCCAACGCUCAAUCAUCUGGUUUCCAUUACUCUAGCGGCAAAAUCGCCCAGACCAAUCUCAUUAAAUGCUUUAAGCUGUCUUUCUGUGACCAUCUGUUGAUUGCGAGGACAGAGAAAUCACCUGGUCUGAAGGUGAACUGCAGAUAAUAUUCUUACCUUUGGGAGAAUUCUGGACAUCAUUAAACAGAGUUUUGUUUGUACUGUAAAUCAUCAGUUCCUCUGUGUUUCUCUUUUUUGUACUUCAGCUGCAAAGGCAGCUCCUGUUCUUAAUUCUUAAGAUUUUGUUUGUCUCCAUGUUAAGAUUUUGCUGUGUACCUCCCUCCCUCAACUGAAAUCAUUAAAGAUGCAGCAAGAAGAUUAA